UUCAUUGUGGACACCGCGUCCAUUUUCUCCAGUCUGAUCUAAUCUAAUCUAAUCUAAUCUAAUCUAAUCUAAUCUAAUCUAGUCUAAUCUAAUCUAAUCUAAUCUAAUCUAAUCUAAUCUUUUCUGAGUUUGUAGCAGGAGAAAUCAUAAAUUCUGAGGAGGUCCGAUGCUCCAAUGAUCCGCGCACAAACGCGCGCGCUGUCUGAUCAUGGGCUAUUAAUCGAGCUGCUGGGUGCGUGCGUGUGCGCGCGCUUGUGUGUGUGACACACACACACACACAUACACGCGCACCGCACCGAGAAGGAGAGCAGAUCUUCCUGAGUGUCUCCUGCGGAAGACUGAACACACACACACACACACUCACACACACACACGCACGCGCGCACCCAGAUGUUGAUCUGUCGCUUCUAUUUUUUACCCGGUGAGGAAAUAAUCCGAUUUCCGAGCAACAGAAAUGUUCAGUGAAUGUGAUGGAGCUGUGAAAAUUCCGCCAUCCAUCCGCGUUGGGAUGAUCAGAGUCGCAAGCUCAUGGCCUGUUGAACACCAUUAGCCCUCGUCACAUCGUUCCAGGCAAGGUCAUCGCUUCCUUCGUUCUCCCGAUCCCCCCCCGUCCCCUGUCGCCUCCUUAAACCUUGGACGUAAGGCAGUCACCUAGUUCCGUGUGGGAAGGUAGUGUACCAUGGAAAACCUGAGCGAGCUGCAGAACCCUCUGCUGGACAAAAACAGCAAGCACGUGGUCAAAGCCGACUACGGCUACAGGAGUGACUUCCCCAGCAGCCAGUACCAGGAGAACAUCAUUAACUACUUCGUGACCAGCAGCGGAGGCAGAGGUGGAGGAGGAGGUGGUGGUAAUGGUGGAGGAGUUGGCGGUCAGGUUGGGGUCAUGGCAACGAACGGUAAAGCUAAGUCUCAGCUCCUGGAUGCCACUUCUCUUCACCUGGCAGUGGAGGCUUUUUACAAGCCCAACUUCAUCCUCUACAAGGACGACGUCACCGUCAAGGCCAAGGACUACAAAAGCGAGUGCUGCGAGACCACCUUCACUGAAAAGAAAGAGAAGGAGGUGUGCGUCGAGACGCCCAGCGCCGAAGAUCCGCAGGCUAAACUCCUGGAUGAGAACGAGGUGAAGAUCCAGACUGUGUCCUAUGAGGUGGAGGAGGAGGAGUACGUCGAGUACGAGACGGACUGCUCCAGCGACAGCGAGAGUGAAGAUAACUUCAUCGUGGUUCCUCCUCGUGAUCAUCUGGGCCUGGCCAUCUUCUCCAUGCUCUGCUGCUUCUGGCCUCUGGGUAUUGCAGCCUUCUACUUCUCUCAGGGGACCAGCAAAGCCGUGACAAAGGGUGACUUCCCGAUGGCCAGCAUCGCGUCCAGACGAGCUCUGUUCCUGGCCGCUCUCUCCAUCACCAUUGGAACCGGGGUAUAUGUGGGGGUGGUGGUGGCUCUCAUCGCCUACCUCUCCAAACCGGGGCAUAUAUAGCAGGAUCCAUUAGGGACCGGAAUUUCAUUUUGCUCCGAGAGAGAGAGAGAGAGAGAGAGAGAGAGAGAUGAAUUCUGGAAUUCCAAACAGAACAUUUUUGGGAGUUCUGUAUAUUAAAAGUGAACGAGAGGAAAGUCGGAGUUCGGAGCGUGGAUGUGGUUUUGAAACGCAACCACAACCACAGCCACUGGGUGUGUCUUAUUUUUAUUUAUUUAUUUACUUAUUUUUUUGCCGCUUAAGGACUUCAUCGCAAAAAUAAAAGGACAAAAGAAAGCAACACGUGACGACGCCUCUCUGUGAACUUCAACCUGAAAAGAUCGACUGAAAUCCACUCGUUUUCUUUCUUUCUAUCUAUCAGCUCGGUUAAAUGCAUCAUCGCUGGUGUCCAGGGGUCGAAGAAAUCCCUGCUUGGUACCCUGAACUCUUUCCUGCUGUGUGUGUGUGUGUGUGUGCGCGAUACUAACAUGGCAUCCGAACAAAACUGAGCAAGGUGUGAGAAAAUCAAAUCCUCAUAUUAUAUGUUUACUUACCAAAACAGCUAACAGCAUGAAUAAUUUAUUUAAAAAUAGAAAAAGAAAAAGGAAAGUCAGAGUGGACGUCAUGGCUGGACUCAUCAUCGGUGUUCCUGUCUGAUCUCCUCGUUCCUUCUCGUAAACUUCGUUUCUUGUCGUUCGUUCGGCUCUGGCGCAAAGCUCUGAUGCUUCACUUCACCAUAAUCAUCACCUGGGGUUCUGAAUCCUAACAACUAGAAAACAAAACAACUUCCAACACAUCUGGAAAAAAAGAGUAUUGAUUCCAGAAAUUGUGUCGAUGUGAGUUAAAUUCCGGCUCGGGAUUGUAAGAGUAAUGAGAAACGAUGGUAUGUUCAAACUUUUAAACAUUUUAUUUAUCAGCAAUCGUUUCUUUAAAAAAUGGGAAUUUAUUUAUAUAUUUGCUUGCUUUCUGUGUUUAUUUGUUUGUUUGCUUGAUUUAUUUAUUUAUGUAUUUAUUUGAUUUCAAACAUGUUUUCAAUUACAGUCCUGUUCCUAAAACAUUAUGCCUCAGACAGACACAUGACUCCAGGAUGAUUGACAGGUGUGUGGGUGUUCAGUACUCUCCCAUAUUAACUGAUACCAUGGAAGCUCCGCCCCCUCCCUACAUCUCACAGGGAAACACCUUCGAGUUCACAGCAACCGGAUUUCAUUAAUAUUAAUGAACUCCAUCUCUGUCAGUCUAUUUAACAUAUUAUACAUGGAUACAGAUGUCAGUUAAUAGGAUUUACGUGGGAGGCAAACAGGAAGUGACCGUUUCUGACCGGGUCUGAACAAAAGAGAAAAGAGUGAUUUCGAAAAAUUCGAAAAUUUCUGUAAAAAAAAAAAAGAAAAGAAAGAAAGAAAUUGCAAAAAUUCAAAAUUCAUUACUAAUAAUCUAAAUCAAAAGUAAAGCUUAUGUUUCUAAAAAAAAAAAAGUCUUGUGGGUGGGGCUUAUUUGCAUAAGAUGGUGCUUGGACCCCUAAAAAAAUGUAAGCUAUAAUGAGGAUGAUGAUGAUUAUUUUAACAAAAAGAGUAUAUUGAAAGUAAUGGUUAUGUUUUUAACAGUUUACUGAUUAAAAUAAAAUUGUUUGACAUUUUCAAAAAACAUAAUUUUUCCAUGAUCCAACGAUGCUGUGGAAAAAAACAGAGGUAAACUUUUUACUUUGAAGAAAUAUCCAUAUUUGUGCAGACAAGAUAUAAGAGCGAUUAAGAGGUCAGCAGUUCACCGAGAGCGUUCGCUUUGUUACUGACUCUCACUGGAGUCAGAUUUGUGUGUGAGUGUGUGCUCACGUACACACAGUCGAGCACAAACACACUAACGUGAGGGUGUUCUCAGUGUCGUGAAAAACACAAAGACAAGCUUUUGUUUCCAGAGCAUCUGUUCAAAUAGGUUAUAAUGUAUGGCAUUGCUCCAGGCGAAGCUGUGAUGGAGCGUCAACAUUAGCAUAAUGUCGGAGGCGGAGGAGAGAGGUGCAGAGGUGCUUUCCUCAUACGCCGAGUUCUUCAUAUACCUAGGAGAUCAUCAUACGCUGAGUUCCUCAUACGUUGAGAUAUACACGCUGCGUUCCUCAUACACCCAGAUCCUCAUAGAUCAAGUUACUCAUAUGCAAGUUUCCUCAUACUCUGAGUUCCUCAUACACCCAGAUCCUCAUAGUUCAAGUUACUCAUAUGCAAGUUUCCUCAUAUGCCGGUUUCCUAAUACACCCAGUUCCUAAAACACAGAGUUCCUAAUACACCAAGUUCCUUAUACACCCAGAGUUCCUUAUACACAGUGUUCCUUAUAAACCCAGAUUCUCAUACACCGAGUUCCUAAUACACAGAGUUCCUUAUACACCGAGUUCCUAAUACACAGAGUUCCUUAUACACCGAGUUCCUAAUACACAGAGUUCCUUAUACACCGAGUUCCUAAUAAAUGGAGUUCCUCAUACCAAGAGUUCCUAAUACACACAGUUCUUCAUACACCUAGUUCCUAAUGCACUGAGUUCCUUAUACACAGAGUUCCUUAUAAACUCAGAUUCUCAUACACCGAGUUCCUUAUACACCGAGUUCCUAAUACAAAGAGUUCCUCAUACACCGAGUUCCUCAUACCAAGAGUUCCUAAUACACACAGUUCUUCAUAUACCUAGUUCCUAAUACACUGAGUUCCUCAUACACAGAGUUCCUAAUACACAGAGUUUCUCAAACACCCAGAUCUUCAUACACAAGUUCCUCAUACACCCAGAGUUCCUAAUACAAUGAAUUCCUCAUACACAGAGUUCUUAAUACACAUAGUUCUUCAUACACCGAGUUCCUAAUACACAGAGUUCCUAAUACACAUAGUUCCUCAUACACCGAGUUCCUUAUACACCGAGUUCCUAAUACACUGAGUUCCUCAUACACAGAGUUCCUAAUACACAGAGUUCCUAAUACACAGAGUUUCUCAAACACCCAGAUCUUCAUACACAAGUUCCUCAUACACCCAGAGUUCCUAAUACAAUGAAUUCCUCAUACACAGAGUUCCUAAUACACAUAGUUCUUCAUACACCGAGUUCCUAAUACACAGAGUUCCUAAUACACAUAGUUCCUCAUACACCGAGUUCCUCAUACACCGAGUUCCUAAUACACUGAGUUCCUUGAAGUGGGUCUGAGAAGCAUGUUAAAACUUUAUGCUUAAAUAGAACUUUCAUGGGUUUCCAUAAAAAAGGGAGAUAAAAGAACCACUUAAGACCUUUGUUUGUUUGUUUGUUUGUUUGUUUUCAUAACGUGUUCCUGGUAUGAAUGCAGGCUUAGAACCGAAUUUGGGAACUCUGUUUGAAAUCCCAGCAUUCAGAUCCCACUCCAUCCUCAACAUAACCAGUGCGCUGUGUUUGGAAAGCAGCUAGCAAAUUGCGCUAAAUACAAAAGAAACGUCACAUUAAACGAGCAGGCUACCUCUAGGUGGUGCUGGUGAGGCAGAGUGAAGUUGUAAUGUAAUGUAUUCUGCCACAACUAGAAGCGUGUGUAUCUUCUGAUUCUUCUUCUUCUUAUUAUUAUUAUUUUUAUUUUUAUUAACUAAUUUAUUUUAUUUAUCUUUUUCCUCUGCAAAAGCCAGUUGUUUAGUUUUUGUGGGCGGGGCUAAUUUGCAUAACAUGACCCCUUGCAUAACCUGCACCCCUCAAAAAUUGAAGCUUGUGAAUCCUAUUGUUAUUAUUUUUUUUUCACUUAAAUAAUAAAUAGAAUUAAAUAUAUUUCGUCCAAAAAGCUACAUGAAAACGCCCACCCCCCCGCCCCCCUCCCCAGACCAUCCCCUCUCGCUCCACAUUUGCGUCCAUGUAAACAUUAAUAAUUAGCAAAAAUUUUCAACGUUCCACGUUUUGCAGAGUGACUCAUCUGUUAUCUGAACCCUCAGUGUUAGUCCUGUGUGGGCAAACAGGAGCUGAUGGCAUUGUCUUCUUCGUCACUGACACAUUAAAUGUCACCAUUUUAUCAAAUAUGAGCAAACACAAAGAGAACAACAGAACAGAACGUUUGCUUUCUUGUUUGCCCUGAUAUAAAAAAAUAAAAAAAAAACCAUGACUCAAACGCUUGAGCCUCUUCACGUCUCUAAGGACCUGUGACUCAUAAUUUGUGCUUUGCUGAUGUUGAUGCGAAUGCAGGCUUCGCUAAAUGUGUUUCCAUUACAACCAGCGGAGCGUUAAAAGCCAACAUUAGGCACUUACAGUCUGGCGGUACAGCAGCCAUCCGCUAUAGCCCACCAUUUACGCUUCACAAUUAGCUUCCCAUAAUGAGGUUCUCUGGAGCAGAACUGCAAAUAGCACAAUAGAAACACUUCUACUCAUUGUCUAGGAGAACGACUAAACCCUGACUUACUGUAUACAGGUUAUUAAAGGGAAUGAAAUGAAGAUGGCCGGCAAAAUGUAUAACUCGUGUAAGUCAAUACAAUAACAGGCAGGCGGAAUGUAGCGGGAACGAGCGUUGGUUUCAUUAUUUAUUAUUAGGGAUCGAUAAAAGAUCAUUCAUCCUCAUAAAAUAGACAAAAAGAUACAGGACAAAAUCAGUGACGAAAUGUGAAGCUCAGAACUCGACUUAAUAAUAAGAGGGGUUCGAAGGGACGCUAAUCUAGGAUUAAACAUGGAAAACACAGUGGAUGGUGUCGGGAAUAGAAACAAAGCCACGUGGGAAUGUAAAAAUAAAUGUAAAAUACAUGCCGUGAAUUCUAAACGAAACAUUUUCGGUAUACAUUAGAUUAUAUUAUCAAGGGGAGACACAGUAGGAUAACGAAGGAGUCAGGAAAAUUGAAAAUUCAAAAAGCACAUAACAUGAACUCUGACCAAAGGUAGUGGGAGAAGCUAGCUCAGUGGUUAUGGUGUUAGCCUAUUGCUCAGAAGGUUGUGUGUUUGAAUCCCAGGUCCACCAAGGGCCCCUGACCAAGGCCCUUAACCCUCAAAUUGCUCAGUUAUAUAAAAUGUAAGUUGCUCUGGAUAAGGGUGCUAAAUGCCAGAAAUGUGAACAUGGAUUUUUGGAUAUAUUAGAAGCUAAUCGAUGCUUAAACACUGAACAGGUGAAGACAGUAGGAAAGCACACAGUGUGAACUCAGGCGAACUGCAGCACAUACAGACAUUCGUGACAAAAAAACUUUGUCGAGAUGCGAAUUUCAGUGGAUGUUUCUGUCGUACGUAAGCACAAGGCCGUGUAAAAACGUGAAAAAAUUUGUAUUCUAUUAAUUUUAUUUAUUUUUUUAAAGGUGGCUUAAUGAUGUUUUACAGUGUUAUAAUUGUGUUUAUUUAUUUAUUUAUUUAUUUAUUUAUUUUUAUCUUUUUGCUUCUUCAAAUGACCAAAACCAAUUAAAAAAUAAUAAUAAUUAAAAUUGAAAUUAAAAUGAAUGUACUGUAUGUUUUACUGUUGGGAAAUUUUCCCAUGGUGUUUUGAUUCUGUGUUUUGUUUGUUUGUUUGUUUGUUUAUUUGUUUGUUUGGUUGGUUUUUUUGGGGGGUGGUCUGAUGUGUUGGACGCAUUUUUUGGUUUUAAAAGAUUUGACGUAUAAAAAAACCCCAAACAAACGAGCGGUGUGUAAACGAGCUUCAUAACGCUGAGGAUGAUUUGUGUUCUCUAAGUAUUGUGUUUCGAUCUCUUUCACAGGUUGUGUCUCCAGAACUUGUAAAUACUGCAAAUAAAAGAGAAAAAGGAUGCUGUAUAAAAAUAAACCACAUUUGAGACAAAACCAUACAGGAUGUGAGCGUUUGCUU